CUGGAUGGGACCCACAGUGAGCGCAGCCACAUUCCCACAGGACACAGGUCAUGUCAGGGCAGCUCCCGGCCCCUGGUGCCAGCCGGGAUCAGGGCACUGAGGACACCCCCGGCUCACACCCCACACAGUGUGUGCCCCCCCAGUGCUCUGCAGUGCGGGUUCCCGUCAUCCAUCACCAUGGCUCCAACACCCUCACCUUCGACUUCCACCCCCCGGAGGCCUCUGGGGCCGCUGGGCACGGCCGGGGCCCCCCCAGGAGCUCAGUGAGUGACUGGUACCAGACCUGGCCGGCCAAGGAGGGGAGGAUGCGCAGCCCCCCAGCACCCGCUGGCCCCACACCCGGCCCCAUUGCUGCCCCCCCCGGCCCCCGGCCCCCCGGCUGGUCGGCAACAUGGAGCAAGGACAGCAGGAGACGGGAGCGGCGCUGGGUCAAGUACGACGGCAUCGGGCCGGUGGAUGAGACCGGGAUGCCCAUAGCCUCGCGCUCGAGCGUGGACCAGCCCCGGGACUGGUACCGCAGCAUGUUCCGGCAGAUGCACUGCAGGCUGCCUGAGCCCGAAUGGGACCCUCAUCCUUACCCCAUGGGUAAGCUCAGCUCCUCGCUGCCUCCGUCCCCCCCAGCGCCUCGCAGGAAUCCGGCUCUGCCCAACGGGGACUGGCCCCCCUGGGGUGUCCCUGGUGCCACCACAGAGCCCGGCAGCAUCUUUGACUACGAGCCAGGGAGCUCCUCGAUGCCGGAGCAGCCCCCGGCAGCGGUGCCACCAACGCGAGCUCGUCCCAUUGAGGUGCUGCUGGAGCAGGAGCUGGAGCAGCUCAGUGUGGAGCUGGACAAGGACAUGAGGGCCAUGGAGACGCGAUGGGAACCCUGUCAGAGCUCAGCACCGGACCCCGCCCCCCGCGGCCCCGCUCGGACCCCCCCGACCCUCCGGUCCCGGCUGCGGAUCCCGGGCACGGAGCGGAGCCCUCCGGGGCUGGGCAGUGACCGGAGCCAAGCAGCCCCCGGCAGAGACCCCCCGAGGCCCCAGACCCUGCCCCGCAUGGGGGACCCUGCAGAGCCCGGCAGGAGGGAGGAGAGGAAGAUGAGAGCCGCUCGCCUCAAGUUUGACUUCCAAGCGGAGUCCCCCAAGGAGCUGACGCUGCAGAAGGGAGACAUUGUCUACAUCCAUAAGGAGGUGGACAGGAACUGGCUGGAGGGGGAGCACCACGGCCGUGUGGGCAUCUUCCCCUCCAACUACGUAGAGAUCCUGCCCUCCACGGAGGUUCCCAAGCCCAUCAAGGCUCCAACCAUCCAAGUGCUGGAGUACGGGGAGGCCCUGGCGCUCUACAGCUUCCGAGGGGAGCUGCCCGUGGAGCUGUCGUUCCGCAAGGGUGAGCACGUGUGCCUGGCGCGGCGCGUGGACCACAACUGGUACGAGGGUCGCAUCUCCGGCACCAGCCGCCAGGGCAUCUUCCCUGCCACCUACGUGCAGGUGCUGAAGGAGCCGAGGGUCAGAUCCAGCUCCGAGGACGUCCCCGUCGCCAGCCCCCGGCCCCUCACUGCCUCCCCAGCCCCACAGCGCUCCCCCGCCCCCCCCCAGCAGCCGUGGUGCCCAUCCGGUGCCCCCGAGCAGCGCGCAGCCCCCGGCGCCCGCCCCGAGCCCGCCCCGUCCUACAACGGCUCCGACAUCCAAUGGACACCGUACCGCGCGCUCUACCAGUACCGGCCCCAGAACGCGGAUGAGCUGGAGCUGCUGGAGGGAGACCGCGUGGAUGUGAUGCAGCAGUGCGAUGACGGCUGGUUCGUGGGUGUGUCCCGGAGGACGCAGAAGUUUGGCACUUUUCCCGGGAAUUACGUGGCUCUGGUGUGAUCCGGACACUGGGAUGAGGAUUCCGUCCAUGCUGCUCCCUGCACGUCCCCUCCGUGCCCCCCAAUGGGGACAACACCUCCAGCUCCCGCCUGCCCCUAUGGGGCAGCUCUAACAAGGACCCCUCCCUCCACUGGGGGGUCCUGCAGUCCAGUGCCUUAACCAGACCCCUCCUCGGUGCCUGUGUCCCUCCAUCCGGGGAUGACUGUACCUCCUGCAGUGCCAGGGGCAUCCUUGCCGGUGCCGGGGCCUGACCAUGACGGCUGUGACCUGAGGUGUUGGUCCAGGGCCGUGCACCCGGGUGUUGUGGUUGCUUCUUGUCCAUCAUUAAAGCUCAGCUCAACCCAGG